AAGACCUUGUCCCAUGUGGGUAAGAAGCACGUGGUACGGCCCUCCCUGCCUCUCUCUCCCACCAUCCAGUUCGAAGCAUCGCUGAGCUGCCAUCUGGACGCUCGUAACCAGACGGCAUCGUCCUGCCGGGGGACGAGGACGCAUCACGCGCCCAUCACACACACAAUUCUUCCCUUCUAUUUCCCAGCCUCGCUGCAUAUCCCUUCCAGCGCCGUCGCGCGGGGGCGAAGUCUGUGAUUCGGAAAUGAACUUGGCGGUUCCCCCCAGUGUCGUUCUCAUCCUUCUGCGCGAAGCUUCUCGAUGAGCGUCGCCGCUUGAGACGAGGGAUCGGGCUGCGCACGUCUGCACUCCCACCGCAUUAAAGAACUAUUAAGUUGACUACAUCAGAGACUUCUCAGAUUCCAUGAGCAUAAUCUCGCUCGUGACUGCGCAGACGACUGCCCAUGUUUCUUUGCUGCCGGCCAAUCUGGAUCUGGCAGCUUCCUCCCCACAUGCUUCUGCGCGUCCGUCCCAUCCCCGGCCUUUCUCCAGGGAAUGAAAGAUGGAAUUUCUGCAGCGCGUCUUCGAUCUUCAAAAGGCAGCGCAGUCCGGCUUCGAUUCCCAGCCUGAUUCGCGGAGCCUCUUUCGCGCAGGAUGUGGUCGUCCUCUGUGCUGGUCUGUGCAGCAGCUGCCGCCGUCGCCCAACUCCGCGCCGUGUCCGCGCAAGCCGACCCUGCGCAGUUCGUCGACACGCUCAUCGGGACGUCGAAUGGGGGGCAUGUGUUUGCGGGUGCGACGCUUCCGUGGGGCUCCGUCAAGGCCGGCGCCGACAGCAACUCGACCGAUAAGCAGGGUGGGUAUGUCAGCGAUGGGUCACCCAUCACAGGCAUCUCGCAACUACACGACGACGGGACCGGUGGCGGUGCAUCGCUGGGCAACUUCCCACUGCUGCCUCUGACCGAUACCCAAUGCGGUUCAGAUCUCAAGAAGUGUACGGUGGAUCAAGUCGGUCGAGCCAUGGCUCACGGCACACCGAACACGUCCCCGGGAUACUUCAGCAUCCCUCUGAACAACAGCGUCCUGGCCGAAGUGACGGUCACCGAGCAUGUCGCCGUGCACCGCUUCACCUAUCCAGCAGGCACGAAACAGAUGGUUCUCAUCGUCGAUGCGACGAACGACCUGGCUGGGACAUACGAAAACGUCGGGUCCACCGCAUUGAGAAUUAAUCCUACCACCAAGGGCACCCAGAUCUCUGGCACAGGCGCCUACCAGCCGUCUUUCGGCGAGUCGACGUUCCAAGUGCACUACUGCUUCGACUCCCCUGUCCCCUUCGACACAGCACAGUUCUAUCAAAACGUCAGUGGGACGCUCAAAUACCGAGCUUUGUCAAAGAAGGCCAGUUUUGCACAAGAUAUCGGGGCCCAAAGUCCAGCUGGCUUCCUGUUGGGCUUCAACACGCCUUCAAGGAAUGUCAGCAGUACGCUGGUUGUCCGGAUGGGUAUCUCGUGGACGAGCCCCGAGAAGGCCUGUCAGUUCGCUGCAGCUGAAGUUCCCGCGAUCACUUCUGCGAGCUUCGACAGCGUGAAAACGGCGGCACGUGCGAAGUGGAACGAGGUGUUCAGCACUGUCCAAUUGGAUACCACGAAUGUCCCGCACGACACGCAAGUCUUGUUCUGGAGCUCGCUGUACCGCACGUACAUCUCUCCGACCAACAUCACAGGUGACAACCCGCUGUGGGUCUCGAAUGAGCCGUACUAUGACAGUUUCUACUGCAUCUGGGAUUCAUUCCGUGUUGUGCACCCCCUCUAUGCGAUCACAGCUCCCAAAACGCAGACUGAAGUCGUUCGAGCGCUGAUCGACAUCUAUCGACACACAGGCUGGCUUCCGGACUGCCGCAUGUCGCUCGACAAGGGCUUCUUGCAGGGUGGCUCCAAUGCCGACUCACUUCUUGCCGACUCGUUCCUCAAGGGGAUCAAGGCGGGGAUCGACUGGGAGACGGGAUACAAGGCCAUGGUCAAGGAUGCCACCGUCCCCGGCGAUUUCAGCGUGCAAGGCCGCGGCGGAAUCGCGGCACGUGCCGCUCUGGGCUUCAUCCCCGUCAACGACACGUCCGAUAACCCGCCGAACGAGGGCCCCAACACCAGAAGCGCCUCGCGACUGCUGGAAUAUGCGUACAACGACUUCGGGAUCGGACUCGUCGCGCAGGGGCUCGGCAAGACAGGCGACCAACAGAAGUACUUUGCGAAAUCGGGCGAUUGGUUCAACAUCUGGAACCCGAAUGCCACGAACACAGGUUUCCAUGGAUUCAUCCAGCCUCGGACGAAGAAUGGCUCGUGGUACUUUGACCCGCGGUGGGAUGUCGGCGAUGUUUUCCGUCCGGACCACUGCAGUCCAUCCUUUGGUCCGAAUGAUUGUUUCUUGAAUCCCGACGGCGGAGAGUUUUACGAGGCUUCUUCCUGGGAGUAUAGCUGGUUUGUGCCCCAGGACAUGGCCAAACUAAUCAAAGCAAUGGGUGGUCCUCAGACUGCCAGCGCGCGGCUCGAUGCGUAUUUCGCCAAUAACUUUGGAGCAAGUCUCCUUCACUUCUCUUCGAUCGGAGACGAACCCGGAUUCUUGCCUACGUAUCUCUACAACUACUUUGGCCAGCCGACGAAAACAGUGGACCGGGUAGCCGAAACUUUGUCUCAAAACUUCAGCACGGCGGUCGACGGGCUACCUGGCAACGAUGAUUCAGGGGCGAUGGGCGCCUACGCAGUGUGGAGUCUUCUCGGAUUCUACCCUGUGGCGGGCCAGGACACGUAUCUGCUCAGCCGACCGCACUUCCCGCAAACGAAGAUCCGAAACCAACUGACUGGCAACGUCGCGACGAUCACCGCGCAGGGUCUGAGUGCGACGAAUAUCUACAUCCAGUCGGCGACGCUGAACGGGAAGAGCUAUACCAAGAACUGGAUAUCGCACCAGCUGUUCUUGGACGGCGGGGAGUUGAUUCUGGUCAUGGGGGCGUCGAAAGAUAGCACUUGGGGAACGGGCCAACAGGAUCUGCCCAUGAGUUUGAGCACAGGGGGAUUUGUUUGAUAUCUUUCCUCAGGGCUGUUAUCGCGCGUGAAAUUUUGUACAAAAAACAAUAAAUGUAUACUGCUUCAUUCUGGCAUCUCACAGCCUGGUAAGUAUUUGGGCAAGCUGAAAGCCGGUUCGACGGUAAAAGGGUUCAAUCCACAACUCGUGCAAACACGAAAUGUCUUCCCGAUCCACCAAGGACAAAAUCCGCAUCAACGAUCUCUUCCUUACAGUCCCUCUACUCACCGGGGCAGUCUGGCCUAAGCCCGCCGGCGAGGCUGCACUGCAGCCGCUCCUCGUCUCGCUCUCCAUCACACAUGACAUCUCCACCGCAGUGACGCACGACGAUUUGAAGACGACGAUCAAUUACUCGCACCUGUGCAAGAUCCUCCGCGAGGCGCUGAACGAGCAGACGCCGGCGUUCGAGACGCUGGUAGCUGUUCUCGAUCGGAUACUGGACCUGCUGUUUGGCUCGGGGAUGGUCGUGGAGGUGGAGGCCUCGGUUGUGCAGACGCGGGCUCCGCUGAACUGCCGGUCCAUCGCCGUUGGAGCGCUGGCCAAGUCCAAAUCCGCUGGCUGGGAGAUCCUGCGUUUAAGACAUUACGUGAACGACCUGCAGUGUCUUGCGAUCAUCGGCGUCAAUGCUUGUGAGCGGGAGGAGCGGCAGACUGUGUGCGUCAAUGUCACGAUAGAACAUGCAAGCACUGUCCACUUUCGCGCGCUGACGCGGCACUUGCAUCAAGUACGUGGUGCUAUUCACUGGACCCCCGAUGCAGGUGUAUAACCCGGAUAGAUAGACGGUCGUCGCGUCCUCUUAUCUCACACUGGAAGCACUCACAUCGCACAUCGCUGAGAAUACACUUCAAAAUCUCGAUCGGAAGACCUCUCCUGUUGUGACCGUCAGGGCUGCCAAACCCUGCGCCAUCGUGUUCGCUGGCUCGUCGGAGAUCGAGGUGUCUCGAUCCCAUGAUGACUUUCCGCAGAGAUUCGACCAGCAGCCUCUCAAGGUCGCUAUUGCUCUGGGCUCGAACCUCGGUGAUCGAUUCCAGAACAUCGAACACGCGCUCCGUUUGCUCGAAUCUCCCGAGACGCCCGAUUCUACUGUCGCGGUGGUCGACACCAGCUUUAUGUACGAAACGGCGCCGAUGUAUGUGACGGACCAGCCGUCGUUCAUCAACUGUGCUUGUCUGGUCAGUCCGGUCUCCGAUGAUACCCCAGCUCCCGCUCAUGGUACGCAGAUCGAAACAAACAUGCAGCCUCUGCAGCUGCUGCAACACCUCAAACGGAUUGAGCAUCUGGUAGGCCGGGUGCCGUCCAUCCGGAAUGGGCCCCGGGCGGUCGAUCUUGACAUCGUGCUGUACGGCGAUCUUGUGAUCGACACACGCAAAAGUCCUCGCAAAGAAUUGGGCGAUUUGGAGGGCGAAUUGGUGGUCCCGCAUCCCCGGUUAGGAGAGCGGGAGUUUGUGCUCCGGCCUUUGAACGACAUGAUCCCCGACUCGCUGCACCCCGUUUCGCACCAGACUAUCGGCCAGUUACUCUCCGCCUUGCCAAAAAGCUCUGAGCCAAUGAUCAAAGUGCUUCCCUAUCCUGUUUGUCGCGGCACCCCCGCCCAGUCUGCACCGACUUCGUUGAAGCACUGGGCAUUGGCGGGCAAAACGUAUCUGAUGGCAACGCUGAACACGACACCCGACUCCUUCUCCGAUGGUGCGACGCACAACACGCUGCCGACUGCGUUGCAAUAUGCCCGAGACGCAGUCGCCGCUGGUGCCGACAUCCUCGACGUGGGAGGAUACUCGACUCGACCCGGGGCUGCGCACAUCGAAUCCGAGGAAGAGAUUGCACGAGUGGCGCCAUUCGUGUCGGCUGUGCGCGCUGAGCAUCCGGAUCUCUUGAUGAGCGUCGACACAUUCAGGCCGGAAGUGGCGCGGGCAGCCCUCGAAGCCGGAGCGAACUGCAUCAACGAUGUUUACGCGUUUACGGGCCCGGAUGCCGCUCCAGAUGCUCGGUGUAUGGAGCAGAUGAAGGCGCUUGCCCGGGCAUAUGCAGUUCCCAUGGUGCUGAUGCACUCUCGAGGAGAAGCAUCUGGUAACAAAGACUAUUCGACGUACGACUACGCUGGGAAAGACAGUGCCGUGGUCGAGGGCAUCCGCGUCGAGCUGGGUGCCAAGAUAGACGCGAUCGUGAAAGGAAAAGGAGGCGUUCGGCGCUGGCUUGUGAUUGCGGAUCCAGGAGUUGGGUUCAGCAAGACGGUCGAGGGUAACAUGCAAGUCUUGAGGAGGGUGUCCGAUGUCACGCAGGACAAGACAGCGCAAGGGCACCGGAAUCCUCUACAUGGACUCCCGCAACUUAUCGGCACAUCCAGAAAGUCGUUCUUAGGACUCAUUCUGGAAAAAGCCAAUGGAAGAAAAACGGAACCAAAAGAGCGAUCAUGGGCGACCGCUGCCGCCAUUGCAUGUGCAGUGCAGCAAGGCGCUGCCGUUGUCCGUGUCCACGACGUUCAAGAGAUGCGAGAUGUGCUGGAUAUCUCCGACGCACUUUGGGCACAAUAAAGUUUACAUUAGAAAGUCCGGUUUCUCGCCCAAAGACCCUAGAAUAUCCCCAAUGUAGUUCGUAGGCUUAAUCCCCUGCUCAAAUGUAGCGUCCCAGCCAUCCAGGAUGCCCUGCACGACUUUGAGACCCGCCAGACGUAAGUUGACGGUGGCAGGCCGCAUGGCCACGAGCGGCGCGAAGAGAUUGUCCGCAGAGCUGCCACCUGGGGGUGGGCGGUCGAAAUCGGAGCCAGAGCGCAUGAUCAAUAUCCUCCCAAAGUCCACCCAUCCAGCCAACGCACCGCGCAACAUCGCGCCCAGGAUAGCGUUGUCCUCCUGCUGCGUGGAGCAGUACGAGCCCAGCCCGUUCGUCAAGACCCGCGUCGUGUUCUCGAACGCUGCCGCCAGGAGCGUACCGCUCCAAAACGUAUCCGAUGUCAGCGUGUCGCAGAACACGACCGCCGGCGGGGCAGCGCCCGCCGCAAACGCGGGCUCAGCCGCAUACGGGGCGCGCAGAUCCACGCAGUCCUGCGUAUCCACGAGCGGCGCGGACGCAGCCAUGCGCGCCGCAGCCUGCCGCAGGGCAUCGUUCACCUCGAACACCUCCGUGCCGUCGACCCAGCCGGGGUACUCCCCCGGGCGCGUCGUCCCGAGCGCGAGGUACCCCGACGCGAACCCAGGCGGCGUCUCGCGUGCAUCGAGCUCGUGCUGCAGCCCGCUCUGGAUCGCGAACCGCGCAAACGCGACGCCUCCGACGGUGCCGUGGCGCGGGUUCAUCCCUGCGACGCCGGAGAGGAUGAAGUACGUUGAGGUCAGGUCGAAGUGCGCGUGCGCGUGCAGCAGGGAGAGCACGGAUGCGGCGGCGUUGAUCUCCGCCUGGCCGGUGAUGAGCUGGCAGACCUGCCCGUCGGCGGUGCAGUGCACGUCCGGGAAGAGCGGGAAGAGGCCGGGUAUUGUGAUAUUGCGUGCAAGGAUGUCGAAUUCUGGGAUGGCGUGCCAUUCGGCGGCCUCGCGGAGAAACAUGUUGAUGAUGAAAACGCGGGGCUUUAGAGGCGCAUUGGACUCGACUGGUCGCAGGGUAUCGAGUGCGAAGAGGGUGGUCAGGAAGGAGGGCCAGAGCAGCAUCGCGAAGCUGG